AUGUGGAGUAGACAUAGGUUAUAUUUUAUUGUUGCUGGGGUGUUGUUCCACCUCUUUUAUUUAUGGUCCAUCUUCGAUAUUUAUUUCGUUUCUCCAUUAGUUCAUGGUAUGAAACAGCACCAAUCAACCGAUGAAGCGCCAGCUAAGAGACUAUUUCUAAUUGUUGGGGAUGGUCUGCGUGCUGACACAACGUUUGACAAAAUUUUGCAUCCUGUAACAGGAGAACACGACUACCUUGCGCCAUACAUUAGAGAUUUGGUAAGAAAUGAAGCUACAUACGGUGUUUCUCACACCAGAAUGCCAACUGAAUCAAGACCAGGACAUGUGGCAAUGAUCGCUGGGUUCUAUGAAGAUGUCAGUGCAGUGACGAAAGGCUGGCAAGAAAAUCCAGUUGAUUUUGAUAGUUUUUUUAAUCAAUCAAAGCAUACAUAUUCAUUUGGGUCUCCAGAUAUUUUGCCAAUGUUUAAAGACGGUGCUACACCUAAUAAAGUGGAUGCAUGGAUGUAUGGACAUGAAUUUGAAGAUUUUACUCAAUCUUCCAUCGAAUUGGAUGCAUUUGUUUUCAGACAUAUCUAUGAGCUAUUCAACAAUACAAAAUCCAAUAAGACCCUGGAAACUGAAAUAAAACAAGAUGGAAACGUAUUUUUUCUACACCUUUUAGGCUGUGAUACGGCCGGCCAUUCUUACAGACCUUACUCAGCUGAAUAUUAUGACAACGUGAAAUAUAUUGAUAAGGAGGUGAAAUUACUGGUGGAAAAGGUUCAUGAAUUUUUCGAUGAUGAAGACACCGCCUUCAUCUUCACGGCCGAUCACGGAAUGAGUGCUUUUGGUUCUCAUGGUGAUGGUCAUCCAAAUAAUACCCGUACACCCUUAGUCGCAUGGGGUGCCGGUAUAAACAAACCAGUCAAAAAUCAAGCUCCAAUUUUUGAUAAUUAUACUGAAAAUUGGAAUCUUGCUGACAUAAAGAGAAAUGAUGUUAACCAAGCAGAUAUUGCAUCCUUAAUGUCAUACUUAAUUGGUGCAAAUUAUCCAGUUAACUCCGUAGGAGAGUUACCGUUGAAUUUCAUUGAUGCUCCUGAAGACAAAAAAUUGAACGCCUUGUUCAACAAUGCAAAGGCCAUAUUGGAACAGUAUCUAGUGAAGGAACAAGAAAUCAUUGCAUCCCAAUUUGUAUACAAGGAGUAUGAAGCUUUCGUUGAAAUACCUUACCAAGAAUAUUUACAGCAGAUUGAAAGCUUAAUCGAGAGAAUUGCGAAAGGUGAAAACGAAUUAGAACCCGAUGCUAUUAAACUUACAGAGGAGUUAAUGAAGGUGACCCUAGAUGGAUUAGCAUACUUGACAACAUACAAUUGGAGAUUUAUCAGAACCAUUGUAACACUAGGUUUCCUUGGUUGGAUUGUUUAUUCAUUCUCCAUUUUCUUGAGAUUAUUCAUUCUAAACAGAGAUUAUAAUUCUCAUAAGUCACUUCUGAACUAUUUCAUUUUUGGUUCCCUUACAAUCAUUCUCAAUUACGUGCUCUACUAUCAAAAAGCUCCUUUCAACUAUUACAUGUACUUAUUCUUCCCAUUGAUCUUCUGGUCUGAAAUUUUUACUGACCGCGUUGUGUUAGACGACGGUGUGAAAGAGUUUUUGAAGGGUAUUUCAAUUCCGAAAAGAAUAAUCCUUGUAUCUGCAAUCAUUCUUGUCUACGAAUCCAUCGUUUACGCAUUCUUUGACCGUUGGAUUUUUUCAUUAAUUUUCAAUAUGCUUUCCUUUUAUCCUUUAAUCUGUGGAUACAGAGAUUGGAAGAGGAACACUCUUUGGUUCAUCACAGGCGCAGCUAUCUCUGUUUUUACCUUACUCGAUGCGGUAAAAAUCGAAAGUUUAACCCAAAUUAACAUUGCUAGUGGAUUAAUUGUACUGACUGCCCUCUCAGGUUUCUUACACCUUCGUAAGCAAUUAAACAGCUACACUACAACGGUAUUUAUUUGCCAAAUAUUGCUCGUUAUUUUGAUGGUUCUGGCCACGAAUAAAUCAAUCGUUUCGCUACAAAAUAGAACCGGGUUACCACGAGAUGCACAAGUUGCUGGCUGGGUAAUUUUAGUGGUAUCGCUAUUACUUAUGCCAUUAAUCCAUUACAUGAAACCAAACAACAAUUACAAAGUUAGAAUGCUAAUCAUUUUCUUAACGUUUGCCCCAACAUUCAUCAUCCUAACGAUUUCAUUUGAAUCGUUCUUUUAUCUAGUAUUCAGUGCUUAUAUUGUCCAAUGGAUCGAAAUUGAGUCAAAACUUAAGGAGCAAACCCCAAAUACCUCGCAUUAUAAACAAUUAAUUAGAGUGACAAUUAUUGGAUUCUUCUUAUUACAAAACGCAUUCUUCGGUACAGGUAACGUUGCCUCGAUCUCAUCUUUCUCUUUGGAUUCAGUCUACAGACUAAUGCCAAUUUUCGAUCCUUUCCCAAUGGGUGCUCUAUUAGUAAUCAAGUUAAUCAUACCGUACAUUAUUCUUUCCGCAGGUUUAGGUAUCUUGAACUUAAAGCUACACAUUAAGGAUUACACGAUCUCGACGUUGAUUAUUUCAACCAGUGAUAUUCUCUCCCUCAACUUUUUCUACCUAUUAAAAACUGAAGGAAGCUGGCUAGACAUCGGUAUCACCAUCUCCAACUAUUGUUUGGCCAUUUUAUCCUCAUUAUUCAUGCUUAUAUUGGAAAUUGUUGCACAUGUAGUUUUAAAGAAUGUCCAACUGUCGAAACCCGUCAUAGCAUCAAAAAAGACUAACUGA